AUGGCAGAAGUUGUUGAAAUUUCUAAGAUGGUGUCUGAACCGGAAACAGUUACUGAAGAUGUUUCUGUAGUUGUUGAAGAGGUUUCUGCUGAUAAUGCGGCCGAUAUGGAAGAAAUAGCUGCUGGAGUGUAUUACUACCAGUCUGAGCAGGAGGUAUUGGGAAGUUUAAUGAAAUCUGUAUUACCUCCUAAAUUUUCUGAAUCUUUUGCAGGUUACUUUGAAGAACCAAAGACUGGAUCAUGUCCAAGGUUUGAAGAGAAGAAAGAAGUCGUUGAAGAAUUAAUCGACGUGUCGAAAGAGAUGACUGGAGAAGUUUUGAAAGACAUAGCUGACAAAGCUCUAAUGGGAAAGCUCAAAGAGGUAGAUUCAGAACUCGAGACGUCAAAGUUUGUCAGUAGUGUGUCAGUCAAACGAGAGGAAUCUGGAGUUCAGGAGAUCAAAUCUGUCAAACUGUCUGAGUCUGAGUCAAACAAUGUCGGUAAAACUGAUUAUCUAGAGCAGGUUGUUGAAGAGGUUGUUUCAAUCCCUGAAACACUGUGCGAACAGUGUUUUGUACCAUGCACGGAGUGUCUUGAAAAAGACACUAAGUAUCAGGAAUUGAAACACCACGCUGAUAUGAUUAAACUUGACCUUGGCCAAGUUAAAGAGGCGUACGAUACUCUCGCCAGUCAAAAAGCUGUGGACGAUUUCAAUGCAGCAAAGAAGUUAAAAGAAGAGUCAGUCAAAUCUACUUUUGUUGAAUAUGACAAAAGGUCAAACAUUCAAAAACCUCGACCUAAAUCUCCGACUGACACAAAGGGCAAAAAGCCGAUGGUUUCUCCGAUCCGUAUUUUGAAAAGAGGUGAAUCUUUGAAGUCGGAGGAUAAGCCGAAAUCGACUUUCGAGGUUGGCGAAUCUUCUAAGACUCGCAAGACUUCAAAGAUUUACCCUAAAACAAAAAUUUUCAAAAACCAAUCUUGGGUCGUGAAAUCAAAACCAUCUGUUGAGGUCAAAAAGAUGGAAACUGUCUUGAAAAAUGAUGCAAAGGUUGUAAAAGAAGAUAUCAAGUUUGAAUUUGAACUUGAUAAGUUUCUUGUUGAGUUUCCAUCGAUAACUAACAAAGUAAAAUCUAUUGUAAAAGAAGAGGUUCCAAAUGUCACAUUUGAUUUUCUGAAAACAAAUGAGAAGUGUGAUGUUGUGUUCGGAAGUGUGUCGGAAGUUAAGAAAUCCUGGGCUUCAUUGUUUGAAUAA